UUUUCAGAACCGGACAUUCAAACCUAAUGGAACAAUCUUCAUAAAGCCUAUAAUUGGAUUAUUUCUCGCUUGUAAACGUUUUUGUAAUUCUUGGACGUUGUUACUGAAGAGGUACGGAACACGUUAGCUUCAUCUGAGAAUGGACAUUCUUUUUGUAAGCAGAGGACCUCGAUGAAUUUGUUUUUCACACGCACUCAGUAUUGUUGGGUGUUUAUGAAGAGGUUAAGAAAAAUGAUUCACAGCGCAUCGUUCUUCUGUCUGUGUCUUUUGCUAUCGACUGGUGUGUUUGCUGGUGAUACAGAUGUAAUAAAGUCAGUAUCAGUGAUGGAGGGAGAUUCUGUCACUCUAAACACUGAUGUUAAAAUGCAGCGAGAUGAUCAGAUACUGUGGAUGUUUGGACCUCAAGAGAGGCGAAUAGCUGAUAUCCACAGACAGAACAUCUAUAUAGAUGCCACUAAUACAAUAUUUGAGAAAAGACUCCAGAUGGACAAUCAAACUGGAUCUCUGACCAUCAGAAACAUCAGAACUGAACACACUGGACUUUAUAAACUACAGAUCAUCAACAACAGAGGAACUUCAAACAAGAGAUUCAGUGUUACUGUCUAUGCUCCUCUUCCCAUUCCUGUCAUCACCAGUAACUCUUCAAACUGUUCUUCUUCUUCAUCAUCAUCUGGACAUUCAUCGGUGUCCAAUUGUUCACUGCUGUGUUCAGCUGUGAAUGUGAGUGAUGUGACUCUCUCCUGGUACAAAGGAAACAGUUUAUUGUCCAGCAUCAGUGUGUCUGAUCUCAGCAUCAGUCUCUCUCUACCUCUGGAGGUGGAAUAUCAGGAUAACAACACCUACAGCUGUGUGCUCAACAAUCCCAUCAGCAACCAGACCAGACAUCUGGACAUCAGUGGACUCUGUCAGCCAUGUGCAGGUACGUCAGUGGUGGUAAUAGAGUCUGUUUAGGCUGCUCUAUUGUUCUUUGUAGGACAGGACUGAUAUUUGUAU